GAAUUCUGAUUUCUUCCCUUCGAAAAGUGGUCCGACAUUAUUUCCCCCGAGAGAAGCCUACAACAACAAGGCUACAACCUCGAUACAGAGAAAUCAUAGCAGAUGAUUCACCCAUCCGUGCGAAUGGUAAAUAAGAGAAUAGAUUAGCUUUGUUUGGUCCACACAAGAAAACAAAAUCUGCACAAACCACACUGUCAAACACAGACAAUCCUCCGCCUCGACUCAUUUCAUCACAUCAUAUCUCCUCAGUUUCACUCAGCACGCACCUUCUCGACGCCCCCUCGCUCGCUUCGGAGACAGUGUUGUGUUGUGUUGUGUGGGUAACGAUGAAGCUGUCUACAAAACCCAUUUCGAGUCCGGGUCGGGCGGAGAAGUUUCCGCCGCCAUUGAUGAGAUUCCUGAGAAGCAAUGCCGGGAGUAGAAGCAGAGGCAGGUCCAGGACGAGCCCCAUGUUCGUGCGGAAGAAGAGUACAGCCAUUGAAACCCAGGAACCUUCUUCCCCCAAGGUCACAUGCAUGGGUCAGGUCCGAGUUAGACGCUCCUCCAAACAAGCCGCGUCGAAACGCCCGCGACGGGCCCGCGAGGGAGCCACGACCCGGUGCCGCUGCCGGUGGAUCCGUAAGUUUCUGUUUUGUCAUCGCGUCUCCACGAAAAUCAAACCCAAACCCUGCCACCCCGUAUGGCCCAAGUGGGGCUUCUGUCGGGUCGGAAGCUUCCGCAGGAAACCCACCAAGGUCAGAGAAGACUCUCACUCUUCUCUGACCGAGUCUAAUUUCCGGGAUAGGUUCAGUGAUGAGUCAGGGCGUGGUUACGAAGAACUUGAAGAGGAAUAUGAAGAGAGAGCUCACGUUAAUGCUAAUGAUAAUGCAAUUUCUUUUGCUUCUAAGUCUUGCACGCCGCCGAAAAACGCUUUGCUAUUGACUAGAUGUAGAUCCGCACCGUACAGAUCUUCGUCUUUGGCUAAUAGGUUCUGGGGUUCGCCGUUGAGAGGCGAAGAGACAGAGCAGAAGCAGAGAACAGGGCUUGAGAACAAAAACCCCACGGAGAGCGAAGAACUCCCUGAGCAGAGAGAGUCGGCAGGUAAAGAAUCAGAGGAAAAGUUAAGGCUUUGCCGAGAACUUAAAGAUUCAGUCAAAGAGAGACUCCUCAAAUUAGAAGACUCUCAAGAAUUUAGAAAAAUCGCAGGAGGAGGGGUAGACUCUGUACAUCCUCUGGUUCUCACACGGUGCAAAUCAGAGCCCGCAAGAACCGCGCAGAAAAUCGAUGCUGAGCUGUGCGAGAGAAUCUCCAGGGCUCCAUGGUAAAUUAAGAAGGUAAGUGGGUCGUACACAGAAGUAAAUAAACAAGGAAACGACGUCAUGAGCAACAUUUACUCUUUCAGCGCUCGAGGAACAUGGGCGCCUGCAGUUAUGGCCUUCGGUUCAUUAAACAUGCUUCAGUUUCUUUUUCUCUUAAAACAAAUGUUAACGUUAGUUUUACUUCUUCUCACAAAUGUUUCGGAAACGAAAGUAACAGUAGUUUAAUGUUUGCUGAAUUUUCUGUCCUUGGAUGCUCUGACCAACUAUCGAAUAUUCACUUAAUUUAGUGAUGCAUUGAUGACUCUUAGGUGAACUCUAUAAUGUAUUUAAUUUGGUGGAUUGGUGAUCUUGUAUGGGGUGGGUUGAUUGUUUACUAUUGUUUUU